CGCGAACCUUCGAAACGACCCAACGUGCGCAAACGCAUCCCAACGCAAUAUGGGUGCCUAUCCGACACAGACUCGCUGGGGCGGAACCAUACUGAUCGCGACGACAGUGCUCGUGUGCCUUAUGCUCAUGGUGCAGCCAUCGAGGGCGGCCGACUCGAUCUGUGAGCGUAUCGACUUUAACGAUAUAAAUACGUGGAAAGUGCAACAGUGUUCCGGCCCGGCGCGUGAGAUCUUUCGCCUGCGGACGUACGCGUCGUCGCCAAUGUUUCGCCCGUUUCGCGAGCGCGUUACGUACUUCCUUUCGAACGAUGUGCGUGGCAUUAGCUGUACGGAAUCUAUCAACAGUUUCUACAUGAACGCUUUCACGGAAAUUCGUAUGAUUUAUCAGCUGAUGUUUCGGAACCCGUGCCUGCUAACGCUCAUGGUGUACGAUUUGGAUAUGAUGGACCAGUUCGGGGAGCCGCUGCUGGCUCAAAAUUGGACCACGCGUGCCCAAACAUCCACGUGGAGCCUGUUCGUGGGGAAGGUGGAACGGGAGAUACGGCGUGCAAGAAUACAGCUGCAGGCUGAUAUGAGUGCCGAUGGCGAGCUUGCGAUCGAGUACAUAACCGUUUACAAUCCGCUUGUGCUGGAAGAGUUCUGCAUGGUGCUGGAUGAGUUCUACACGACACCGGAGCUAACGACGCCCACUACCACCAGACCUACCACGAGGACAACAUCGAUUCCGUACACAACGACGCGGCGAACCAGAAGCACUACUACUUCCACCACGACAACUCCUGCCACUACAACAACACCUUCUACUACUGCAACGACUCCUUCGACAACUAUCACUACAACGACUCCUUCUACUACUACUACUACUACUACUACUACUACUACUACUACUCCUUCUACGACCACUACUACUACGAGUCCUUCGACAACUACCACAGACACAACUACAACUCCUUCUGCUACUACUACGACUCCUUCGACUACUACCACAGACACAACUACAACUCCUUCUGCUACUGCUACGACUCCUUCGACUACUACCACUACUACGACAAUUCCUACUACUACUACUACCACUACUUUCUCUACGACUCUGUUUACGACUACUACCAGUACCACUAGUCCGACAACUACUUCCUCUACCACAAUACCUUCCACAACUACCACAACUCCUUCGACUACCAUUCCGUCUACCGUCGAACCCACUACCGAUCCUACUAGUACUCGCGCAGUCACCACCACUAGUCCAGUUUCCAACACAUCUCUCCAAAGUACAUCGACCUCAGUAGUUCCCUCGACAACUAGCACAAUCACAACCUCAACUACAUUGGCCACUAUCUUCCCAACUACUUCUGCUUCCACGCUGACAAGUACAACUGCUAUCGUCACGUCAACAACACCGAUUACAUUCUUCACAACAACCCCCACAGUUCCGACCGUUACUAGCAGCGACAUCUCAUCGUCAACAACAAAUACAAAUACGCAAUCGAGUACCGGAACUACUGAGCUGCUUGAAACCAGCACCACUGUCAUGUACACCACCACGCGAAGACGCCGUACCACCACAACUACGCUGCAAUCGACGGGCACUUCAACUACACUUACAAACUUCCCCGAUCGUACUACCACGCUGCCGUCGACUGGUGUCCCAGUGGAAACUACAACAACGGCCACAACAACGAUGGCCCCCAGAACAACCACCAACUUCAUUACCACUACCACAUCCACCCAGCGUUCCACCACCUCCCUUACACCAACAUCGCCGCUAUCUACGACGAGCAGUGCCGCGCCGUCCCCGACCACGACGACAGUGCCGUUCACGACGACCAGGAUGUCUUCACCACCGACGCCCUGGAAUAUGUCUUCCACGACGGAAACACAUGCUGCCAGCACCACCGUCACCAAUCUUCCCUCGUCGGAGCCCACGACCCUGCCGAUAGUGAAUCUUCCGAACGCAUCCAUCGCCCUGUGGAUAGCGCUGAGUGGUGUGUUUAUCGUGCUGUUUAUAGUCGCAUCGGCCCUGGCACUGUACAUCUACGUGUCCGGCGCCGAACUGCAUCAAGCGCUCGGUAGCGUGGGCCACUUUCUAACCUGCAGCAAACGCGACCGGACAGCCGGACGCUCCACCAAUAGCGAGAACCACCAGCCGAACAAUUUCGAUCCGUUCGACGCGUUUUACGGCCAGCAGCAGCAACAGCAGCAGCAUCAUUUGCAGCAACAGCUCAAGAACCGAUUGCGAUCCAGCAAGCACAACAGCAUCAGCAGCAUUAGCAAUAACAGCAGCAAAGCUAUCCGUCAGAAGUAUCCCAAGUUUAAUGUGGACCCUUACCAGGCGGGCGGAACGAUGAAUGGGAUGGCAUCGCUAGAUCCUGCACGCUUCGACCUAAUGGACGAUAUCGACGUCAUCAAGUACAAAAAUAGGCUAAACAAACUUUGAUCGAGAAACGUGCUCUGGCCGUGGUGCUUAAUCGUCGUGUGCAUUCAGUGCGGUUCAGUGCAACGACAAGAUGCUGUUGCUUUCAUCAAUCUUUUCGAACUGUGGAAACUGUGCCAGCCCGCCAACAAUACCGAGCUGUCCAACCAACCAAACAACACAUCCCAAAGACGAUGACGCGCUGUUCCGACCCCGAAGCGUACAGUCGCUGUACGCAUGUCCGUCCGAACCAUAGUCCCACAACGAAAAAAAAAACCGAAGAAAGACAGCCAGGGGAAUAGCGAGUUCAUUUCUGCCUCGCGUAAAGUUCAUGCAAACGACCCAUGUCUGUGUGAGAAAACUCCGUGUUUCUGUGUGUGCAACAGUUGGAGCAGCGAUGCAGUGAUCCGUUCUAAAAGCCACCUACCGUCCACCAAAUUAGCGUCAGCAAACUGUUUUUGAUUGUUACUACAUCCAGAUGUCGUCCCUGCACGAGAAUGCAAAUUUUUGUCCACAACAGUACUGUGCUAACUUCCGUGUGGAGCGUGGCGCAUCCGGAUCGCCAUCAGGGGGCACUCGCCGGUUCCUCUCAGUGUGGUUCCAAUUUUUGUGUCAACUGGGGGGCGAAUCGCUAAAUAAACAAAGUCUAGUAGAAAAUUAAGCGCAAUGCAA